AUGGUCACCUGCGCAUUCACCAAAUGGGUCGAAGGCUUACCAGCCCCAAACGACACAGCGCAAACGACGGCCUGCCUACUGAUGAACCAUGUGUUCUCACGAUACGGACUACCGUGCCGAGUUAACUCGGAUCGUGGCACGCACUUCACCGGGGAAGCCAUGACCCACCUGUGGGAAGCACUUGGUGUCCGGGCCUCCCUCCACGUGAGCCACCACCCCAUGAGCUCGGGGCAGCCAGGCGAAGCAAAUAUCGCCACGGCCUACACCACGCAUCACUACAUGACCGAUCUACAGGACCACCUGAAACAGACAUUCGCGUUCGCUCAACGGAAGCUGGGAAACAGCGCCGAAGGACGGAAGGCCUAUUACGAUCAAAAGGCGUCCCACAACGAGCUCCAGGUCGGAGACCAGGUAUGCCACGACUCCGUGAAGCUGAUCAAGUUCGCGGACGACACCACCCUCAUUGGACUCAUCUCCAACAACGAUGAGUCCGCCUACAGGAGGGAGGUGGACCGGCUGGUGUCCUGGUGCAGUGGUAACAACCUGGAGCUGAACGCCCAGAAGACAGUGGAGAUGAUUGUGGACUUCAGGAAGAGCACUGUCCCCCCGCCCCCACCCUCCGUGAUGGACUCCCCCAUCACCUCUGUGGAGUCCUUCCGUUUCCUGGGCACCACCAUCACCCAGGACCUCAAGUGGGAGCCGACCAUCAGCUCCCUCAUCAAGAAGGCCCAGCAGAGGAUGUACUUCCUGCGGCAGCUCAGGAAAGCCAAGCUGCCUGCACAGAUGUUGGUGCAGUUCUACACGGCCAUCAUCGAGUCCAUCCUCAUCUCCUCCAUCACUGUGUGGUUCGCUGGAGCCACAGUCAGGGACAAACAGAGACUACAGCGCAUUGUGCGCUCUGCAGAGGAAGUGAUCGGCCGCAGCCUUCCAUCGCUGCAGGUCCUGACCGAGAAGAUUGAGGAGAAAGCGGAGAUGCAGAAAGACGAGCUGGCCAAGCAAAUCAGCGGACUGAGGGAUGAGCUAAUGGCGUCCAUUGACCAGGCUAACAACAGAGUUGGCAUGCUAGAUGAGCGCACAGCUAGCCUGGAGGAGGCCGUGAAUAUGCAUUCCAAUAAGAUGGCUGAUCUGGAGCAACAAGUUGUUGGAUUGAAGAAAGAGUUGGAGGGCUUAUUGGCGAAAACGGAAGACCUAGAAGCGAGAUCCCGGAGAUGCAAUUUGCGCAUUUUCGGGGUUAAAGAAGGCCAGGAAACGGGAGCAAGAGUUAGUACUUAUGUGGCGGAACUUUUGCAAUACGUGUUCAAACUGGAUACUGAACCCGUCAUAGACCGGGCACACUGCACGCUACAGAAAACCCCGGACAAGGGCCACCCACCAAGGGCUUUUGUCGUAAAGUGCCACUACUACCAAGAGAAAGAUGCCAUCCUGAGGAAAGCUCUUGCGUCCCAAAGGCUGGUUUCUAAAGACGGGGAUACUGUCAGAGUGUUUCCGGAUUACACCCACAACGUAGCACGACAGAGAGCAGCAUUCAUCCAGGCAAAACAACUUCUGAGGCAGUGUGAAGGAGUGAAAUACGGACUUCUAUAUCCAGCGAAACUGAAGAUUACGACCGGAGAUGGAGAACAAAAGAUGUUUACAGACCCGAUGAAAGCUACAACGUUUGCAAGAGGACUGUUGGAUCGGUAG